UUCAAAAUGGCGUCAUUUCCUGAGGCAGCAACGCGGUGGCAUGGCUCCGCGCGGUUUAUGAAGAAAGUAAAAUUUAUAUUUGUAUUUAGAUAGUGAAAAUUUAAUUAUUGUUGAUUUUUAAAUAUUUCAAGCCGUGUGAUAUAUAAUGGGUAAACCAGAUUUCAAUGGAGGCGGUAGAGGUGGCGGCGGUGGCAGAGGCCGAGGGGGCGGCGGCGGCGGCCGAGGUGGAGGCCGUGGUGGCUUCGGAGGAGGUGGCGGCCGAGGAGGAUUCGGAGGCGGUCGCGGGGGCGGAGGCGGGAAGUUUGAGAAGCGGGGUGGGGGCGGAGGCCGGGGCUUCGGCGGCCGCGGCGGCGGUGGUGGUCGUGGCAGGGGAGGACCGCCUAAAAGAGGUGGCUUCAAAGGUGGGAAGCAAGUUAUUAUCGAACCACACAGACAUGCUGGUGUUUUUAUCGCGAGAGGUAAAGAAGAUGCGUUGGUGACGAAGAAUUUGGUGCCUGGAUCUGAAGUGUAUGGUGAAAAGAGAAUUUCCGUUGAGACCGAAGGAGAGAAAAUCGAAUACAGAGUAUGGAAUCCGUUCAGAUCUAAAUUGGCAGCGGCUAUAAUGGGCGGUGUGGAUGCAAUUCACAUGCCUCCGGGAUCCAGGGUGCUGUAUUUGGGUGCUGCGAGUGGUACCACAGUCAGUCACGUGUCCGAUGUUGUUGGUCCGGAAGGACUGGUGUAUGCUGUGGAGUUCUCACACAGAUCGGGCCGAGAUCUUAUAAAUGUUGCGAAGAAGAGAACUAAUAUAAUACCUAUAAUUGAAGAUGCGAGACAUCCAUUGAAAUAUAGAAUGCUAGUGGGCAUGGUGGACACUAUAUUCGCUGACGUGGCCCAACCAGACCAAGCCAGGAUCGUCAGUCUCAACGCACAACACUUUUUGAAGAAUGGGGGACAUUUUGUUAUUUCUAUCAAGGCUUCCUGCAUCGACUCCACGGCUCAACCGGAAGCAGUAUUCGCGGCGGAAGUUAAAAAAUUACAAGCAGAUAAACUGAAACCACAGGAACAAUUAACUUUAGAACCUUACGAGAGGGAUCACGCAGUUGUCGUUGGUGUAUUCAGACCACCGCCCAAGAAAGCAUAGAGAAUAAAAAUAGACUUUAUUUUUUUUAAUAAGUGCCACCGUUGAAUUUAAAGGACGCAUUUACUGUGAAAGUGUAAUGUUUUAAUUUCGGUAUUUGAUUAUAAAAUACUGUAAUAGGGACCAACACUGUUUGAAUGAGUUUCUUUCGGCAUUUCUUCUCAGCAGCAGCUUUGGUAAAUAUAAUUUAAUUUAGAAUAUGACGUGAAAAAGUGCCUGUGAAGGCCUAAUUUCUGAAUAAAUGAUUAUAUUUUGAUUUUGACUGUUUGAAAUCUAAUGAUUUGCAAGGAUUAUUUUGUAAGUAAUUUCAUAUAAUG